AUGGACGUGUGCAGUACACUUCUUGAAUUAGCCAGAGAAUGUUCAUCUGAAGGCUCUGGUCCAUUUGAAGCAUGGAGAAGAGAUCCUGAUGUGGUUUGUGUUACACCAGCAUGUCCAGAAUCCAAAAUUUACAGAGACUGUGGCCCUUCCAAUCAGGCAACAUGUUCUUAUAUGUCUGUUUACCAAGAUGCCGGAUGUGUGAGUGGCUGUGUAUGCCCAGAAGGUUAUGUGGUCGAUGACAUUGGAGAAAAUGGCAAAUGUAUUAAGAAAAGAAAAUGUGCUUGCAAAUUUGAUGGAAAAGUAUACAGACCAGGUGAAAAGCGGAAAGGUCCUUGUAAUUCAGAAUGCACUUGCAAGGAUGCAAAAUGGACCUGCACUGAAUCCUUAUGUCCAGGGCGAUGCUCAGUAGAAGGACCUUUCAUCACAACCUUUGAUGGCAUCUCUUACACCUAUGCUGGAGACUGUCACUUUGUAGCAAUCCAGCACAAGAACUGGUCUCUGAGUGUGGAACUGCGUCCUUGUCACAAUGGUCCAGCUGAGACGUGUCUCAAGAGUGUGACUUUAGCUCUGGGACUGCCUCUUUCAGCAGAGAAAUACAUAUUCCAUAACAAUGGCAGCUUCUUCAAUGACAAGAUAAAGCAAGAAGAUUAUUAUGCUUCAGAUACAAUUGUCAUCUUCAGGCGGUCUUCAUCCUAUAUUGAAGCACAAUUAUAUUUUGGCUUAAAUAUACAAAUACAGCUUGUCCCAACUAUGCAGGUCUAUGCCACGCUGCCAGCGAAAAAAUAUACAAACACAGGAGGACUCUGUGGUUCAUUCAACAACAAAGCCGAAGAUGAGUUUAUGUCAAGUCAGAACAUCCUGGAGGUGACCCCUGAAGCAUUUGCAAGGUCCUGGGAAAUGAUGACAUGUCCUAAAGUCAGACAGUUAUCAUGCGCCAGCAUAGAGAAAGAAAAAUUUGCCAAAAAACACUGUGCAGUCCUUACUGAUGCUAACGGAGUAUUUGCUGCUGGCCAUUCUAUAUUGGACUACAGAUCCUACUAUGAAAAAUGUCUUCUGUCCACUUGUGUAUGUGAAGAAAUCAAGGAUUGUUUGUGCACAGCUCUAGGAAACUACGUUAAGGCAUGCACUAAACACGGAGUAUACAUAACUAAUUGGAGAAGGGGAUUUUGUGUAACUUGUGAAGGUGGAGCUGAAUUUGUGACUUGUUCUGACCCAAAUACAAAGAGAAGAAUUGAGAAAACAUGCACUAGUCUGAACAUGCCUCAAUUGUCUACGGAUAUGCUUUGCACGCCCGGUUGCUAUUGUCCUUUACACAUGGUUCGAGACAGUGAGGGAAAGUGCGUUCUACCAACCAGUUGUCCAUGUUUUUACAGCGGUCGGCAAUAUGAACGAGGCAGCUUGAUAAAAAUUUCAUGUAAUACAUGCACAUGUGUACAAGGAACUUGGAAGUGUGCGACAAAUAAAUGCCAGAGUUCUUGCCAUAUCUAUGGGGAUGGUCAGAUCCAAACAUUUGAUGGAAAGUGGUACAGUUACGAUGGACUUUGCCAGUAUGUGCUUGCUGAGGACUUCUGUGGUAAAGAAGAUGGGUCUUUCAGAGUCCUAACGGAAAGUAUCCCAUGCUGUGAAAAUGGAAUUACGUGCUCAAGAAAAAUCACCGUGGUUGUAGAGGGUGGCACCCUUGUUCUAGAAGAUGGAAAAUUCAUGUUUACUAAAGACGCUGGAAGUACUAAAUGUACAGACAAGGAGCCCUACACUGUCCACACUGUUGGAUUGUAUUUGAUCAUCAGAUUCAACCAUGGAAUAACUUUGAUUUGGGACAAAAACACAAGAGUUUCGAUUAUCAUGGAUUCCGACUGGAAUAAACAAACAUGUGGCCUUUGUGGAAAUCACAAUGGAAAGAUUCUGGAUGAAUUUACUACCAGAGUAGGUUCCCUGGCAGCCGGAGCGGUGGAGUUUGGCAACAGCUGGAAAACAAGCCCCAUGUGUUCUGACACAGUUUCUGAAAUUUUUCCAUGUGAUGCAAAUGCAUACUGCAAAGACUGGGCUGUCAGGAAAUGUGAAAUCAUCAUGGACCAACAUUUCAGGGUGUGCCACAACAAGGUUGACCCCACUCCAUAUCACAAGGCUUGCAUUGAGGAAUCUUGUGUGUGCACCAUGGAAGGAAAAUAUCACGGGUUUUGUACUGCUGUGUCAAUGUAUGCAGAGGCAUGUUCAGCAGUCGGCGUCUGUAUAUCUUGGCGUACUCCAGAACUUUGCCCUGUCUUCUGUGAUUACUACAAUGCACCCGGGGAGUGUAGCUGGCAUUAUAGGCCCUGUGGAAGCAUGGCAACCAAAACCUGUAAGCAAAAUGCAGGUAACUGGACUCUUCCAUCUGUCUUGGAAGGUUGUUAUGCAAAGUGUCCAGAACACGCACCUUAUUUAGAUGAAAACACCAUGAAAUGUGUCCAUUUGUCAGACUGCACAUGCUAUCACAAUGAAGUAGUGUCACCUGGAGAAGUCAUUUAUGAUGAAUGUGGCAGACUAUGGUAA